GUCUUCGCGCGUGCGUGCGAACGAACGCGCUCGGCUCGUGCCUUCGUGUGGUUCUAUCGCACGGGGCUCUGGCCCGGUGUCCGACCAGCCACAGCUGCCGAGAAACGUUUGAGAAAUGUGUCACCGGCGCGCGGAGGAGGCGAGAGACAGCAGCGUUAAUAAAGACGAUAAACCAUCAUGAUUCCCAUCACAGAGCUCCGGUACUUUGCUGACACCCAGCCAGCGUACCGUAUCUUGAAGCCAUGGUGGGACGUGUUCACCGAUUACAUCUCGAUCGUCAUGCUGAUGAUCGCGGUGUUUGGCGGCACGCUGCAAGUCACGCAGGACAAGAUGAUCUGCCUGCCUUGCAAGUGGGUGAUCAACAGGUCGUGCGAGACCAUGCCUGUCCCCAACGUGACCGUCCCCUAUGCACCGGAACCCAAAGGCAUUCAGUAUGACCUCGACCGCCAUCAGUACAAUUAUGUCGAUGCUGUCUGCUACGAGAACAAACUACACUGGUUUGCCAAAUAUUUCCCUUAUCUGGUGCUACUCCACACCCUUAUCUUCCUGGCCUGCAGCAACUUCUGGUUCAAGUUCCCACGCACAAGCUCUAAACUGGAGCACUUUGUCUCCAUCCUCCUCAAGUGCUUCGACUCGCCGUGGACAACGAGGGCUCUGUCUGAGACCGUGGUGGAGGAGAGCGACCCCAAGCCUCUGGGAAAAAUGAACGGCUCGAUGGACAAGAAGGCCUCGUGUGUGAGCGAGGACGUCGAGGCUAGCGUGCCCAUGCUCCAACGAACAAAGUCCAGAAUUGAACAAGGAAUUGUGGAUCGCUCUGAAACUGGGGUAUUAGAUAAAAAGGAAGGGGAGCAGGCCAAGGCUCUCUUUGAGAAGGUGAAGAAGUUCAGGAUCCAUGUGGAGGAGGGCGAUAUAGUCUACCGUCUUUACAUUCGUCAGACCAUCAUCAAAGUAAUCAAGUUUAUACUGAUAAUUAGCUACACAGGUUACUAUGUGAGCUACAUCAGAUUCAGUGUAGUGUGUGCGGUGGAGAUUCAGAAUCUGACGGGAUACAGCACGUUCUAUUGUGCUCACCCGUUAGCAACUCUGUUCAAGAUUUUGGCCUGUUUCUACAUCAGCUUGGUGGUGGUUUAUGGUCUUAUCUGCAUGUACACUCUUUGUUGGAUGCUCAGCCGUUCCCUCAAACGAUACUCCUUCGAAUCAAUCCGCGAGGAGAGCAGCUAUAGCGACAUCCCCGACCUGAAGAACGACUUUGCUUUCAUGCUACACAUGAUAGAUCAGUAUGACCCCCUCUACUCCAAGCGCUUUGCUGUGUUUCUGUCGGAGGUGAGCGAGAACAAGCUGAGGCAGCUGAACCUCAACAAUGAGUGGACGUUGGAGAAGCUGAGGCAGCGCAUCACCAAGAACUCCCAGGAUAAGCUGGAGCUGCAUCUGUUCAUGCUCAGCGGGAUCCCAGACACAGUGUUUGAUCUGCUGGAGCUGGAAGUGCUCAAGCUGGAGCUUAUCCCCGAUGUCACUAUCCCUCCGAUCAUCGCCCAGCUUUCCAACUUGAGGGAAAUGUGGCUCUACCACACACCAGCUAAAAUCGAGGCUCCAGCUCUGGCUUUCCUGAGGGAGAACCUGAAGUCUCUCCACAUUAAGUUCACAGACAUCAAAGAGAUCCCGCUGUGGAUAUACAGCCUGAAGAACCUCAGUGAGCUGCACCUAACCGGGAACCUGAGCGCGGAGAACAAUCGUUUCAUCGUCAUCGACGGGCUCCGAGAGCUCAAAAGGCUCAAAGUGCUGCGUCUGAAGAGCAACCUGACCAAGCUGCCGCAGGUGGUGACAGAUGUGGGCGUGCACCUCCAGAAGCUCUCCAUCAAUAACGAGGGUACCAAACUGAUGGUGCUCAACAGCCUGAAGAAAAUGGUCAACCUGACAGAGCUCGAGCUCGUUCGCUGCGAUCUCGAACGCAUCCCACACUCCAUCUUCAGUUUGCACAACCUGCAGGAGAUCGACCUGAAGGACAACAACCUGAAGACGAUAGAGGAGAUCAUCAGCUUCCAGCACCUGCACCGGCUCGUGUGCCUGAAGCUGUGGUACAACCAGAUCGCCUAUAUCCCCAUUCAGAUCGGAACACUCACCAACCUGGAACGUCUGUAUCUGAACAGGAACAAGAUCGAGAAAAUCCCCAGUCAGCUUUUCUUCUGUCGCAAGCUGCGCUUCUUAGACCUGAGUCACAACAAUUUGACCAGCAUCCAUGCUGAUGUAGGCUUCCUCCAGAAUCUGCAGUACUUCGCUGUGACAGCAAACAGGAUCGAGACUUUGCCCCCAGAGCUGUUCCAGUGUAAGAAGCUGCGCACUCUGAAUCUGGGAAACAACUGCCUGCAGACGCUGCCAUCACGCUUCGGAGAACUCACCGGAUUGACCCAGCUGGAGCUGAGAGGAAACCGUCUGGAGUGUCUCCCCGUGGAGCUCGGCGAGUGUCGGCUGUUGAAGAGGAGCGGCCUGGUGGUGGAGGAGGAUCUGUUCAACACGCUGCCAUCGGAAGUGAAAGAGCAGCUUUGGAGGGCUGAUAAGGAGCAAGCUUGAGCCAAACCUCUGCAGAGAGCUGCAGAGGGAAGAAGUUUGAUUUUAGAAACAAAUAAGCAGUGAUUUUGUUCGUAAAGAUAGGCGUUGGUCAUGCAGGCUCAGAAAAGUAACGGUUUGUAGUUUGGUUGGUGCUUGGGGUUUCCAUGUCAGGACCUGUAAAAGCACCAACGUCAAAUUUCAUAACCUCCAAGGAUAUCUUUUUUGGAAAUCUCUUGUUUCAUGAUCGUCGAGGAAAAAUGUCAAGCUCGAUGAGAUGAGAGGUGGUUUAUUAAUGUGGCUUUUCUGUGUUUCAUCCUGAAUGUGAAGCUGCCAGGAUGCAAGCAGGUGUUGUUGAAUAUGCAUGCCACAGUAGGAUCUCGCUAAGGUAAACCUGUUUAUCAGAGAGAGCCAAAAAAAAAAACCAAAAAAAAAAAAACCAGAAGAACUUUGCACGAUUCAGCCUUUUCAGUGAGCUCAAUGUGCUCACUAUUACUCCUUUGCUGAUCAUGAGAUGAAUGCACAAAUUUGAACGUGCUCAAAGCAGUGUUUGCCUGACCUUCCUCUGGCCUUGAGACUCAAAAUUUUAGUUUUGAAAUUUUUACACUUACAUUUGCAGUCACGGCGCAGUGCGGCUCCGAAUAACGGCAGAUAAAUUGUAGUGCAACUGUCAGCCAAUUUAUCAAGGCAUGAAGGUUCGGCUC